AAAAAAAAGCAACACACAGAGAAGUAAUCCAUGCAAGAUCAUUCCCCAUAACAGAAAUUACAAGAACCCAGAGCUGGACACUACGAAGUAGGACAGAUUUUCUGCAGUUUAAGAAACAACCAUGGAGUUCAGACAAGUGAAGAAUUAUUUAUCCUGGCUCUACUAUCAAUACCAAAUAAUUAGUUGUUGUGCUGUCCUAGAGCCCUGGGAACGAUCCAUGUUUAAUACUAUAUUACUUACUAUUUUUGCUAUGGUGGUAUACACUGCUUAUGUUUUUAUUCCAAUCCACAUCCGCCUGGCUUGGGAAUUUUUCUCCAAAAUGUGUGGCUUUCACAAUACAAUUUCUAAUUGAUCUUGUUUGUAUCUUGUCAAUUGGCAUCAUAAUUGUACGUGUAUAUCUGACUUAAAACUUAUUAAUUUAGCUGAAUGUGAGGAGGUCACGGUGUCAGGACUGUGAGCUCCCUUGUGACCCAGCAAUACCACUUCUGGGAAUAUACCUUGGGGACCCAAAACUCUACUGCCUGACUUGAAAAGCUUCUUCUCUAUGCACUCCUUUACCCUGUCUGCAAUUUGAGAUAGAUGUCUCUUUAGGCUCUUUUGCACAUGCUACAUUGCGUAAUGUUACCUCGCAUACCAUAUUCUCAAAAUUCAAACCUGUGACUUUAAAUUUUGUUUUUAAUCCAGAAAUUUUAUAUA